CUUCUGCGUGAAGAUCGUCUUGAAGCCAAGUCAAGUAUUAAGUAAUUUUGCUACAACAACAAAAAAAUCUUUGUUUGCAACUUUAUUCUCUGUAUUGAAUGAAAGUAACUGCACUUUUAUCGAAACCGUCGAGAUGGAAGCUAAAGUUCAUCUUGAAUUAUCUACUUUUUUGUCACGACAUAGCCUGGAAGAUGCAAUUCAAAACAUUGAUGAAAUAGUCCUUGCAUAUCUUGUUGGCGUGGUGGAGCUGGUGACUCUAGAGGAUGACAACCUGGACUUGGAAGAUGUUAUUGACAUGAUGAAUGCGUACUUGCCAGGGUUUGAAAUGAUUGGCAGGGCAGAAGUUAUUGGUUGGAUGCUUGGAAUGGCUAAAAAGCUCAUGAACCCCACAGAAGAUGUUGAGAGGACUAAUGGCUAUGACUAUAAUGAAGAUGGCAUCAAAGGAGAUCACAAAAAGGAUUCAAACACUGAGAUGGGACAGAAAACAAAUGUACUGAAGUUUCCUUGCUAUGACUACACUCAAGACUCUAAACACAUGUCUCUUAACAUGAAUGAUAACUCCCAAGUAAAUAUACAGCUAAACAAGACAAAUGCACCUACAAAGGACGAAGCCCAACAAAAAGUGGCCAAUGGUAAUUUCAAUCCGAUCACAUUUAUAUCAUCCCCUCCCUUAGAGACAGCUCCACACUCUAGUGAAAAGCAUUCAACAUCAAAGCGUAAAGGGAGACAACUUAGCUGCUCUUCACAAGACAGUCAAGAUGAGAAAGCUGAUAUACUAGCUGUGGAAGAUGAAGAACAUGUAAAAAUUCUACAAGAAAUGUUUCCCAGUGCAUGCACCAUGGAGGCUCGUCACUGCUUACAGUUGUCAGCUGGGGACAUGGACCGCGCUGCACAGCUGAUUAUGGACAGACAGGAAACAGGACAGGCCAUCACUGGCAAGACAAAGGUGACAACCCCAAAAAAUAACAAAGUGAAGAAGAUUCUUGAGUACAAGCUGGAUGAUGACAGUAUAAAAUCCUGUGUUUUACAGAAAUACUCCUUUGUGGACACAGAAGAAGAUAAAAAGACCUUUAGACCCCCACCAUUGAAAGGGGAAGCCAAGAAACUUGUGCGCUACAGGGAUGGGCAAGUCGUCAGCAUGAAGGGGGAAAAGUUUUCUGAGGUCUCUAAAAAGGAGCCAGACCAGCUCAAGUCCACCUAUGUGAACCUGAAGCCUGCCAGGAAGUAUCGCUUCCACUGACAGGUGAAGCCAGGACCUCCACCUGCGGGUGGUACCUCCACCUACAGGUAGAGUCAGGGACUCUCUCAGAUCUGGUGCUGUCAGGUGUUUUUAGUUUUACCUUUGUUUUAGUUCUACCACCAUUUGUCAAGACCACAUCCACUAUCAUUUGUUGGAUAUUAAGUUAAGUAUACUAGAAAGAAACUUUUAGAGGGUUUUAAUAUGCAGUGAAAUUUUGUAGAUUUUUUUACGUACAAAAUUUCUGUUUCUUUAUGUACAAUGUUAUUUAAAUCUCCAAACAACUUACUGAAAUUAUUUCCUUCUAUAAUAAUUAGAAUUUUGCUAGGUUUACAAAAACUUAUUGAUUUACAGCACUGUGGGUUUUUCAAUAAAUCUCUUUUGAAAUUGGAUUUAAAUUGUCAACAUGUUAUUCAAUUCACAUUAUUUUUUUUUUUUUUUUUUUUUUUGUGGGUUAAGUUCAAAACUUGGUAAAGAAUGUACUAUGUUAUCAUUUGCAUUCAGAUAGAUCUCUUUACUAGACAUACACUAGGCGUACAAUUUGUUAUUAAUGUUAUUAGUAUUAAUAGUUUAUAGAGCUCCACGUCUAUAACAUUCCAGUGAGGUAUAAUAUGAAUAUAUAUAUUACAGUAGUAUAAUCUAGUUGAGUCUAGAUAUAUUUUCCUCCAUUACUAAGCCAAAACCUUGGAGUAUUUUGCUUAAGAAAGCUUUUAAAUUUCUUCAAUAACACAUUACUCAAGGCUACUUAGUUAGCAUUUAAAGAUUUCAUUUGACAAUCAGUGUAUUUUUUGCAGUAGAAAAAAAAUGUGCUGACUGCAUAAGUAGCCAGUCCAAGUUGUACUACACAUGUUUCUGUUACACAGGCCUAAAUGCCAAGCCUCUUCCACCUACCAAUUUCAGGAAUCAUUUGAUACUCAUCCCUAGUUGUCUCCCUUCCCAGCUGCUGCAUUGAUAUCACACCCAACCAGGCAUUCCUGAAGCAGAGAUACCUGUGUGGGUCAUGUGAUCGUGCAACAGUUGUACAAUUCUUCCACUGAUGCCUACCAGACAGAAUAUUUUCAACUCCAGUCUUAGCCGUCCAAUCUAGACACACAAUCCAUUUUCCUUUGCUGAAUGUGUAAAGUGCUAGUCUGCUAACUAGACAUUUUGUGUAAACCUGUUCAAAUUAAAAUGUCAUUGAAUAAGCUGCAAUUGCUCAGCAUGUUAACAAAUUAGUCAAAUUUUAAAAAAAUCAGUAUUAGAAUUUGUCUUGGUUAAAUAUUUCUUUGGUUUAAUGAAAAUUUUUUGUGAAACUAAUGUAGAAUUUUCUGGACUAUUAGUGCGGUGUUUAAUUUUUCUAUUAGAAAAUUGAAUAACAAGGAUAAUUCUGAUCUACUGUUUUGACCAGGAACACCCACUAAACAUUUAGAUAGUAGGGGAGCCAAACCUUUAUGAGAUUGUUACUAUUCUUUUAAUUUGCAUUAGUCACCUCAGAAGUGCCAGCUAUUUUAAAUGUAUUAAACUCAUGUUUGAUCCAAUUGAUAAGCAUUCUAGAUCUACCAGUUAUGUCUUCAUUCACUACUUUUAAUUUGACAUGAAUAUUUUGUGUAAUAUGUGACUUCGCAUUUAAAAGCAUGUUAGCCUAGGAAAACAUUUGCCUAUAAUGAAAUAACUAUUAUUGCAUCAAAGCUGGUUGUUAAAAACAUCUAUCUAUAUAAAUAUAAAUAGUCUUUGUUUUGUGACAUUAAGCUAAAAGUGGUUUUACACUUAAAUCUUUUUAUUGCAGAUUUUGGUAUUGAAUAUUUUUAUUCACAUGAAAAAUAAAGUUAUUAAAUGCAUUUAGAAUUAUAGUUCAUGACCUCAUUGCCUAAUACCACUUAAAAUAAAUUCUCUGUGCAAAACUUAUUUUUGUGAAUAUUUAAUUUAAAACAAAAAAGCAAUGAAUACUGGUAUUUUAUUGCUUAUGCAUUUCUGCCUAAAGAAAGAGUAGAAUAUAUUUAUUAUCCUUCAAAGCCUAAACAAAAAAGUUUUUAAAUGUAAUUGAUAAUUACCAAUAAACUCUACAUAUAUAUAAUAAAUUGGCAGCAAACAUCCCAAUAGGAUCUGUUCUCACAUUUGAAAUAUUUGUUCUCUUUUAUCUAUGAAUGCUGAGGUUUGUUCGUUAACACACCAUACACAAGUUGUGUGUGCUGAACUUAUCAUUCAUAUUAUACAUGUUUUUAUGAUUAUAAUUAUAUGAUGUGUUAAAAAUGUUGAUGUAAUGCUCUUGUAAAUUAGUUCAAAAUGUAAUUUUGUCUUGUCUGCUUUAAACUAGUACAAAAUGUAAUGCUGUUUUUUUCUAUUGUCUCAGUUUUCUUGUUUUAUCAAUAGAAACAGAUAAAGGUAUUACUUUGAUGGAAUUUUCCAGAUUUGACAGUCCUUUUUGUCAAGUCAGCUUCUUGCUGACUGAACGCAUUUAUUUAUAGAUUGAUGGUAUACGGUGUUGUCUUACAAUAUAUUUGUUUGUUCAUGUUUGAGAUACUUCACAAGGUAUUAAACAGCAUUGCCAACCUA